UUUUUUUCCUUUCCCUUUUUUUUUUUGUUAUUUACCAAUUUUCCAAUGUUUGCUGCCAGACUUUACAGAAAUAGUAUCCAAAAACAAACGUUUCUCCGAACAGCAGCAUUUUCAACCUAUAAUGCAGCUAUUGCAAACCUUACUCCUGCACAAAAAGAACUACAAGAGGCAGUUCAUGACUGGGUAAAUGUAGAAUUAAGUCCUCGUGCAGCAGCGAUUGAUAAAGAGAACGAAUUCCCACAAGAUAUGUGGCGUAAAUUCGGUGAUAUGGGACUUUUAGGCAUUACUGCAUCUCCAGAGUAUGGUGGUCUUGGACUUGGUUACCUUGAACAUACGAUAGUGAUGGAAGAGAUCUCAAGAGCCAGCGGAUCUGUUGCUCUUAGUUAUGGUGCUCACUCUAAUCUUUGUGUUAACCAAAUUACUCGAAAUGGUAACCAAGAGCAAAAGGCAAGAUAUUUACCAAAGUUAAUCUCUGGUGAGCAUGUGGGAGCUCUAGCUAUGUCUGAACCCAGUGCUGGGUCUGAUGUAGUUAGUAUGAAGUUAAGAGCUGAAAGAAAGGGGGAUCGUUAUGUAUUGAAUGGAAAUAAGUUUUGGAUCACAAAUGGUCCUGAUGCUGAUGUCUUGGUUGUUUAUGCAAAGACAGAGCCUGAUAAAGGUCCAAAGGGCAUUACAGCCUUUUUAAUUGAAAAGGGAUUUAAAGGAUUCUCUCGAGGUCCUAAAUUUGACAAGUUGGGUAUGCGUGGUUCAAAUACGUGUGAAUUAAUUUUUGAGGACUGUGAAGUACCAGUUGAAAAUGUAUUGGGUGAAGUCAAUAAAGGUGUUUACGUGUUAAUGAGUGGGUUAGACCUUGAGCGUCUUGUCUUAUCUGGUGGACCAUUAGGUUUGAUGCAAGCAGCUUUAGAUGUAGCUGUUUCUUAUACUCAUGAACGUAAGCAAUUUGGUGUUCCUAUUGGUGAAUUUCAGCUUAUUCAAGGAAAACUAGCAGAUAUGUAUACCAAAAUGAACGCAUCUCGAGCCUAUGUGUAUGCUGUAGGUAGAGCUUGCGAUCAGGGUAAUAUUAGUAACAAGGACUGUGCAGGUGCUAUCCUUUACUCAGCUGAAAGAGCAACAGAAGUUGCACUUGAUGCUAUUCAAUGUCUUGGUGGUAAUGGAUAUACAAAUGAAUACCCAACAGGAAGAAUUUUACGUGAUGCAAAAUUAUAUGAAAUUGGUGCUGGAACGAGUGAAAUUAGACGUAUGUUGAUUGGCAGAGAAUUCAAUAAAGUUUUCAAGCAAUAAAUAAUAAUCAUAAUAAUAAUAAAAAAGCUUACAUGUAUUUUUAUUUAUAACAUACAUAAAGCCUUGUAUUUACAUAUUAAAGUAAGCUAUCAUACUUCCCCUCCUUAUUUAUUUCCACCAAUUAAAAACACUUUGUUCAAGAACAUGUAUCUUAUCUUAAAGCAAAGAAUGACUUUUCAUUUCUUCAAUUGUAUAACGAUUAUAUUCUAAUAUAAUUUUUAUUGUGUAAAUAUAUUUUAACUAAAAAAAAAAAA